AUGGAGCAAGUUAAUGAUCUGUCAGAAGCACUUCCCAUGCAGGCCUCUCCGACUUAUCAUGUGGAAGUUCUUCAAGAUCCUUGCAGGCGAGUAUUAAAAAUUUUGAGGGCAACAUAGAAUACCUGGCUACUCAGCAUAACGAAGGCAUAACAUAAAAGGCACUCAUUUAUUCAGCAAGAUGCAGAUUAGUGGCCUGGUAUUCUGAAAUUUAGGGAUUUUAGCCGUUUUAAAAAUAGAGGUAUACUAUAACCACAGUUGUCAGUACAGUUCGUCAUUUGGUAUGGGUUCGUUUUCGUCAUUACUGAGGUGUUACUCUUGUAGGUUAAUUAAUCAACUUCCUUUGUAUCCUAGCCCUAAUUAUUCCUGAUCAUGAAUAAUAAAAUUAGGUUUAGGAGACAAAAGAAAGUGAAAAUAUCCCUAGGUUGAAACCAUUGUAACCUGAAAGGUGAACAUAGGCUCAGACUCUUUCAUUUACAUGUAAAUUAUUGCUUAAACAGAGUUGAAUGACAUCAGUUACUUUCCUAGCAGUACACAGGACGCAUGUCAUACAUGAACCUUGUAUAUGGCCCAGCUCACCACGAGUCCUUCGUAGCUCAGUGGCUAGAGCAUCCGACCAGUGUACAGAAAGUCAUAGGUUCAAUUUAUUGCUCUAGGGGAAUCAGAUUUUUGCUUUGUCCCAUGCUCGUGACAUGUUCCUGUGUGACAUGUUACUUUAUCACAAUAUUAUUAUCAUUAUAGCACGGCUAGAGCUGGUAUAAUAAAGGAACAUGUCAGGAAGUUUUUGAUGUAUGAGACCACUGUGUAUGGCGACACUACCUUUAUGGAAUUCACAGAUGGUUUCCUAACAGAGCAUGUUAAAUCAGUGUCUGUUUGUGACACAGAGAUGGUCUCUAAAGAUAGACAGGUAUAUUUCAAUAUCUCUCAAUUAAAUACCUUCUGUCUAAUUAACACCCCCUGUGUUUUCAUCAGACUGACGCCAGUCUCUAAUAAAUGCCCCCUGCUAAUAGACAUCCUACAUGACAAUUGCACCAAAUAAGCAAGUUGUUUAAUUUCAAGUCCAAAAUAAGGAUGUCUCUGUCAUUGAAAUUGAGCUUUAAAAAAAUGAUCUGGAUCUCUAAAUGCUAUAGAUGUACAUGUGUCAAUGGAUGGACUUAUUUACCAGCUUUUCUGGACACUGGCCUGCCCAGAGGGAAUGUGCCCGAACAGGACUCAGGUCCCAUGUGAGGUGCCAUCCCUACCCACUCCCACAACCCUGUAAAGGUUGACCACACCACCGGAGUCUACAAACCCUACUCUUUUUGAAUAGUAAUGUGGGUUCUUUUACGCCCCACAAGAACAAAUCAGUGAAAGUGCUGUGAGACGGGACCUACGGUUUUUCGUGUUUAUUCGAGAAGACUAGAAAGUCUAAUCAUUUACAGAUGUCAUUAUAAAGGCAGCACUUUCUUCUCAGUUAUUUAAAGACCCUGAGUAUUGGUCUGGCCGGGGUUUGAACCCGCAACCUCCUGCUCGGCAGACCAGUGCUCUCCCAACUGAGCUAACCAGGUAGCGGUUUGACUGGAUAGUCUGCUGUUUAUAAACUGUGUCUUGCUAUGCUACUGUAUUUGCUAAAAGAAUUUUCAUUUUGUAGAGUUUGCCAGAGUUAUGAGAAUAAACAUCUCUCUCUUUUAAGUACCUGCUAUCUUUUAAAUGUCUGUGCUUGGCCUCCCUACAAUUAAAAUAGAUCAAGGUCAAUUAGAUCAAACUUAGCCCAUCCGUGACGGAAUUCAAGUGUUUACUCAGGCAAAAGCUUCUUAAUGACUGCUUUAUUUAAUUAAUUUAAUUAAUUUUAUUGACCUUUGUCUUCUUUUAUCAUUGUUAUAUUCUUAUUGUCAUGUACUUGGUUUAUAAUUUUGUAAUGUAAAAUUGACUCUGAAAAGCCCCGUGGGGACGAGCCAAUAAAGUAUGUGUGUAUGUAUGUAUGUAUCAUUUACAACUUAUUCAACAGAGCUUUGCAGUGAACAUGAUAAUUUUGAGGCAAUACGUUAAAGGCUGGUUUUCACAAGUGACACACGCGAAAUCGUAAUCAGAAGCGUAGAACUUUUUGAUCUAGUGAAAACAGUGUUCUGAUUCUUUUGAUCAAGUGAAAACUGGGUCGUUGGGGUCGCAUCCAGAAGCAGAAGAACUAAACCAAUUACAAAGCAUAGGAACGUGCAUUGUGAUUGGUCUAUCCUUGUGCUUCUGCUUUACUCUGACAAUCUGAUUUUCACAAAAUGGAAAGAGGAAUGUGAGUGAUGGAGUUGUGAGCAGAGUUGGAAGAAAACUGGAAAAGUUCUGAUUCUUCUGACUCCAAUUCCGUCGCACUUAUCACUCUGCUUACGACUCCGAGUGGGACUCUGUCGUUAGUGAAAACCAGCCUUUAGUUGAGUCAGGGGUUUUGGGUAGGGGCUGAUAUAGCAGCAAUACCUCCCUACAGUUUUCUUUCUUGAAAAUUUAAAAUGCCUCAUUAGCACUGGACUUGCAGUCCAGAGGCCCCCAGGCCAUUAUUAAAAUUGAAGAGUACUUGUGCAUUGCUUUAGAGAAAAGAUAAAACAAUUUUACAGAGUGACAUAAAGGUUCCUUGCUAAAAAGCCUUUUAGCUAAUUAUUAGCAGAACUAGCCCCAUAACUCAUUUUUUAUUGCAUGUAUUUUUAGGGCAAUCUUAAGAAUUGUAAGUUUGCAAUCCAUGUGUUCCAACUACAUGAUGAUGGUCCAGCAACAGAGGAGUUGGAGGAAGACAUUGCAGCUGCCAAUCACUGGCUUUUACCUUCUGGUUUGUGUCACAUCAUUAGCAUUAAUGCCACACCAAUAUCAGCCCUUUGCAGAACUUGGUCAUGUGCUGGGAUACCACUUAGCGUCUGCAUUGUCCAUGCAUUCAACUGAUUCAAGCACGUGACUAACUUCUGCAAAAGGCUUAUUUUUUAUUUCCGAAAAUGCAUGCACCUUGAAAUAGUACUGUCAGUAGUGCAAAUAAUUCUUAAAACUGCAAGUAGAAGAGGCGAAGAUUUUAUCUAUGAAUUUGUUUGCUCCAUUGGUAAUCACAACUAAUUUAAUAGUUUGUUUCAUUUUUAUUAUAAAUAUCUAUUUUGCAGAGGAUUUUCAUGGAAUCUGGGACAGCUUGAUAUUCGACUCAGAUGUCAAAGCCCAGGUAAAUGUUAAAUAUGUGGUGCUUCAAUUUUAUUCUUGCUUGCAAUCCUGUUAUCAUACAUUACGUAACCUCAGCCAAAAACAAAAUGAAAAUAAAAUUUAAACCAACGCAUGUUUAGUGAUCACUAAAACUAGCUGUAUAGUGGAUAUACCACUGAGUCAGAUAGCUAGAGAAUACUAAGCCUUGCUAUAAGUAGAAAUUACUGUAAAUUCACUGUAAAUUCCAUCAGAUUGUAGACUCUUUACUAACAUAUUUGUCUUAAGUUAACAACCAAUGAAUAAAAGGAGAUUCCUUUAGUUACUUAUAAUCAGGUGUUAAUGAUAUCAUUAAUGAUUAUAUACCACAGUGACAGGUUUGUUCAUUUGCUGCUGUCAUCACUGUUUAGCUUUUUUCCAAUUAAUUAUUUAUUAAUAAAUCGUUGUUCCUGUUUUCUUCUCCCUACUUUUAGCUGAUCAAUUAUGCAAUGACAACUUUACUCUUCUCAGACAGGUUUGAAAAAUUCUUACUCCUGCUCAUCCCUUUUGUUAAUAAACACGUACUUGUUGACUCUGUAAAGGCAAGUGUAACAACUGCAAGUGAGUUGUCUCAAUGUUCUGUGUACAAAUUAUGUACAGCUGUAAAUGUGAAAAAACUGUUUUCAGCCUAAAAGGUUGUGCUCUCUAUUGUACUUGUGUAAUUUUAUUUGUCAGUGAUGUUACAGUUGUACAUAUUGGUCCCAAAAAUAUCAUUCUUAAUGAUGAUAUUUUGUUCAUGUCUUAAGUUGAAUGUGUAAGACCUGUUAUAUUCUUGUUUGCAGGGGUGUAAACAGCAAUGUCAUAUCUUGGAAUCGAGUUAUCCUUCUUCAUGGUAAGAGCAAUUUAUUUAUUAAUAGCAGUGCUGUUGUAGUUUGUAUUCUGGGACUUGAUUUAUGAAUUAACACACUCAUGUACAACCAUGAUCUGCAAUACAUUGUUUAUUACUAUAUCACAAAAGAAAUCUAGAAAAAUCAGAUGCAAAUACACCAUGCAUAAAAACCGAAAAGCUAAUGGAGGUAAUGGAGCUAAUGGACCAUUAUUAUGUUAGUUUUAAGUUUGGUUGGAUUAGUCAACGAUCAAUGAUGCAAAUGACUUCAUAAAUGUUAAAACCCAUGCAAGAGAGAAACCUUCGCUUGCAGGGUAUGGAUACACUAAAAAGAAUAGGGAACACUAUCUGAGGAAAUGCUUUUGAACUCAAGAAAAAGAUACCUGGGUUAAAAUUUAACCCCCAGUUGGUGCUGGUAUGUAAUCAGCCUUCAAACAACUCGGCUAGCUGUGACAUACAAACAGUGAAUUUUGAACCUGUGCACUUUUUCUGGUGCCAUUAUGGGUGGUACAUUGUGUUAACUUCUACAUUACAUGUAGAUUAUCUUUGUGAAGAGAACUUGAAAUCAUAUGGCAUUAAGUGGCUUUUUCAAUUUUUCAAGGUCCUCCCGGAACUGGCAAGACAUCACUUUGCAAAGCACUGGCCCAAAAGCUGAGUAUUAGAUUGUCUGACAGGUAUGUUUCUAAAGCUCUAUAUUGCUUAAUAUAGGUUUUCUAGUUUUUGGGCAUAAAGUUUAAAAUUAGUUCAAAGUAAUUAAUUUUGUUUUCCUUUGUCAAUGCAUGGGUAUUAAAUGGUAUAAUAUUUUAUAAGUUUUAACCAUUCAAGAAAAUAUAAAAUUCAAACAAAGGGAAUAAUUGAGCCACAAUAAUUAUAGCCAUACUGUGAAUUCUAAAUUAUUAGCUAUUAGCCCUUUAAGUCCCAAUAUCCACAUACAAAUUCUCCAAGCAGAUGUCCAUAGAUUUCCUUUAAGAAUUUGUUGAGAGAAUUUGAUAAAAGAUCAAGGCAUUUUCUCUUUAGUGAUCAUUUUAGCAAUUCUCAUAACCUUUUCUCUUGACAAUGCAUGGAUAUUGUUUGGAGAAAAUUGAUGUUGGUCACUACUGGGACUUAAAGGGGUAAACUCAUCAACAAAUAUGAGUACGUGGGAACUGUGUAAUGCAUAGCCAUAAGAACUCUGUGACUGGCAUCCCCCUAGACACUGUCACACUCAAGGCCGUACAUGUGCUCUAAGGAAUAUUGAAGAGAACCUGGUAUACUGAAAAAUCAAGCUUGUCCGGCAUAUGAUUUGUGUGAAAGAAGUAUUAAAGAUUUUCUAGUUGCCCGAGAUAAAAGAAAUUGGGUGCCAGGAGCCACUGGGCUCUGCUAGAGCACAGAUUUGACACUGCUACAGUCUAACUAUUGGAACCAAGCAUACUUACAGGGAGGCCAGGGUAGCAAGCAAAAACACUUUAAGAGCGUGAGUUAUGAGAGACAAUGCAAACUUAUGGCCUGUAAAACAUAAAGAACCCCGUGAAACUAUCAGAACUUGGUCCCUGAUAAUGCCAGCAAUUACCUCUAGUUUCAGUUUUAGUUUGAUUUCAGUGCUGGGACUAAUAGGUAGAUGAUUACUAAUAUUUGAGAUACUCUGCAUCAUGUUUCAUGGUAUGUUGUUUAUUGCCAGGUAUUCUUAUGGCCAGUUAAUUGAAAUAAACAGCCACAGUUUAUUUUCCAAGUGGUUUUCUGAGGUAAGUUGAAACAAUGCUUGUUUUAAAUACAUUAUUCAGUGUCUUUCAAUCUGAAUAUUUGUACAAAAUGAUGCUGGUACUUUGAUUUUUAAAACAGAGUGGAAAGUUGGUGAUGAAAAUGUUUCAGAAAAUUCAAGAACUGAUUGAUGACAAAGAUGCAUUAGUCUGUGUGUUGAUUGAUGAGGUAUGAAGUUUUGUAUGAGGAAACCUAGCCUCCCAUGCAGGCGCUUUUUUAAUAGGGAAGCUCAUUUUUCAUCCCUCCCCACGAAUGCCUGCACAACUGAAGACAACAUUCCUUUCCCAUUGUUUAUUUGACCAAUCAACAGUUGUGAAAUAAAGUGUUGACAGGCUGAACACGGCUAAAACGUGACCCUAGAAUUACCCGUUUUCCUUCUUUUCUUUCCUUCACUAAGGUUAUGCAGUGCAUGGAGUAUUCCAAACUUUGACUAAAUCUUACUUUUGCCGCUCUGAAUCUAACAUUUAUUAGAGGUCAGCUUUCCCAGUGUUUCGUUUAGAUCAAGUAGCUAUCAGAUUACCCUGCGGUCAAGGUCAACUUUCCAGAAUUUGAAAUUAGUACAAUGUGAUUGGCUAAGCUUGGGAAAGUAAUGUUGUCUUCGGUUGAGCAGGUGUUUGUGGGGAGGGAUGAAGGAUGAGCUCCCCUAAAAACUCCUGUGUGGGAAGCUAUGGGGAACCCUCAUAUAACAAAUGACAUUCUUUGCUCAACUUAUAGUAAAAUAUAUGAAACAUCAGGUUAAUAGCAUGGAGUGCUUUUUCUCUGUGGUAGGUUGAGAGUUUAACUGCUGCUCGUAAAUCAGCCAUGCAGGGUCAGGAGCCUUCUGAUGCAAUAAGAGUUGUAAAUGCUCUGCUUACUCAAAUUGAUCACAUAAAAAGGUAGGCAAAAAUAGAAACACCUCCAAAAGAUGAAAUCUUCCUCAAAAAGAUACCUUAAACACUGUAGAAAGGGGGCUUGAAAAUACCAUUCCUAGACAGUCACUCAGAGAGGAAGCUGACGAACUAGUAGUUAGCCUCGGUACCUCGGGAGAGCUUGCUGGCAGACUACUGCAUGACUAGUGUACCAUUGGCAUGUCAUGUUGUUGACAUGGGGUGGGUUCUUGAAAUCUGUUGGCCUUUUAAUUUCUCUUUAAAUGCAGUACACACUUUUCUAUCCACAGACUCAGUGCUGGUCUCCAAUGAGUCUCUAAUGAGUUGAGUGUAAAGUAAGCUUUCUCUCAAUUAACAGAUGCCUCAGUGUAUAAGACAGGCAUCGGAAGACGGUGGCUGUUGGCUUUUUUGGACUCUUUUUACGAAGUGAACACCUUUCUAAGAUGGAACUUAGUUCUAGUGCCAGUAGUUUUCUCCUUGGGGGACAUCUGACUGCACCAUGUUCCAUAGUUGUUAAGAUUCAAAAUGUUUUAAUUCUUUCUAACUAGGGAAACUUUAGAGGGUGCUUACCAAAAGUCAGUAUCUAGGCUUUUUUGGAUCUUGACUUCAUUUAUACCCAAUACUGUAAUAAUCUUUCGUAACAACUAGGAUAGUUGAGGAUUCAAAACAGUUUUAAUCUCUACAACUACAAACAUGGCCGAAGCUCACACACUUAUACCUAUGCACGCAUGCGUAGGAAAAUACCGCUGAUCAUUACAACUUUCCCCUCCAAAAAAGAACAACAAACAAAAAUACAAACAACACAAAGAAAAAGGGUUCUGCAGAGAAUAACCAAGCAUUAAUGCUAUUUGUGAAAACUGAAAACAGUUAAUGUUCAGAAUGCUUAACAUUGUCCUUGAAUCAGAAUGGUCUCCGUGAAAAGUGAGAACGGUUGAUGUUCAAUGUUCACAAAUGUUAAACACAGUCUUAAAUCGUAAUGGCCUCUGUAUGACCCUUCCACUCCUAGUCUUGUAUUGCUCUGACGUCUUCAUAGAGCCAUCGCCUGAAUGAUUUAUCCCUUGCUCUUGGGACGCUGAGGCAGGUUCCUCCACUACUGGGUUUGCUUGACUGACUUGUUCCUUGCAAGAGAAACUUCCAUUUACACUCCCUGACGGAGGUUCAUGAAAAUGUGAGUCGUCUGUCGAUGUAGGACUGCAAAUUGGCACUUCUUUCUAUUACUGCGGCAUUCUCCACCAUUAUCUGUUUGCACUUUGUAAGACCUAGGUGUUUCUGCAAGGACCACUACCACCCGUGGUUCCCAACGCUUUCCCAUGCAUGCCCUGAUUCGUCGCCUUUUUUCCAAACUGUUAGCUGUUUGGUGUGCUGAUCAAAGUAGUAUCUUUGCUUCUCUUGCUUCAGCCUUAACUUCUCCUUUACUUUGGUUGGAUCCUGGACUCUCAGUUGCAGUUGAGCUUCAGUCGUGGGGAUAAUUGAUCUGGGUCGUCUACUCAUGAGCAGUUGCGCUGGUGAGCCGACCUGAUCAAUAGGUGUGUUCCUGUAUUCUAAUAAUCCUAGAUAUGGAUCAUAGUUGCAUUGUUUUGCUAUGGUUAGCAGAUUAUUUACCGUUCGAACUGAUUUUUCAACGAGCGCAUUUGCUUGUGGAGUUGUGGGUAGAGUGGACUGGUGGUAGUGUGUUUGAAUUGCCACUGUUUCGUGAAUGACUCAAAUACUUUGGAUGAGUACUGAGAACCAUUGUUGCUGAUUACCUCACAUGUUAUUCCAUGAUGUGCAAAAGCAGAUUUGAUGUGGGUGAUGACCGUGUUACUUUUGGUGUCUGGCAGUUUGGCUACUUGAAAAAAAAAAAAAAAACGCGGGUGGUAAUCUACAAUAAUGAGGUAUUUUGAUUUAUCCCAGGUGGACAGGUCUGUUGCUACCUUUUCCCAAGGCUUGCUUGGUAAUUGGGAGGGAAUCAUUUGGCUCCUUUGCAUUUUGCUUUUGGUGUUGUUGGCAUAUAUUGCAUCUUGCAAUCUUUUCCUGAAUUUCAGAACUCAUCCCAGGCCAUUAUAACACAUCUCGUGCUCGUGGCUUGGAUUUCUCUAUGCCCAUGUGGCCUUGAUGAAUUCUCUCUAACAUUUCCUUCCGCAUAGAGGUUGGGAUAAGAAUUCUUUCACCCCUUAGAAUGAUACCGUUCAGUUCAGACAUUCAAUCUCUCACGUCCCAAUACAUGCCGGUACUGUUACUGAGACAGGCGUUUGUUCCUGGCCAUCCACGUUUGAUGAUUUCACUGACGUGUGUCAGCGACUCGUCGUUGGCUGUUUCCUCUCGUUUUUCUUCAAGUUUGGGUUUUGCGAGUGGUAGGCUUGACUGUAUCAGAUGACCGUGGAGUGCAUUUUUUCCUCUUCCAAGUUGUUAUCAUUCUGUUGUUUCAGGAAUUGAUGCACAGGACAGUAUGUCUGGGAGUAAUAACUCCCUUCCGGCUUAUAUUCUAGUGUGUAGUCUUACUUUUGCAUUCUGAGCAGAAUUCUUUAUAGUCUGGGUGGUACUGUCGAUAAGGGCUUCUUCAGAGUUUUUUCUUGGGGUUUGUGAUUUGAUUCUACGUGCACUUUCUUUCCUUACGUGUAUUGGUUGAACCGCAGCAGGCUGAACUCAACUGCCAAGAGUUCCUUUUCUGUCUGUGCAUUUCUUGAUUCGGCCUCAGUUAAAGAUCUUGAUGCGUAAGCCACGGGACAACCGCAGUAAGACUCCGCUGAGGCCUGCAGGUGAGGCAUCGCAACUGACGGUUACUGGUUUUUGUACAUCAAAAAACGUCAGAACGGGACCUCCAUUCUCAGUUAAGACACUCUUAAUUUAUUGAAAGGCUUUGACUUGUUGAUGUGACCACUGAAAUUCAAUGUCCUUUUGCAGAAGCACCACAAUGGGUUCAGUGACAGAUGCCAGAUUGGGAAUGAAUUUUCCGAGGUAGUUGACUGUACCGAGUAAUCUUUCAACUCCUUUCUUGUCAGUUGGUGCUGGCAUGUCCUUAAUGGCACGAAGCUUUUUAUCAUCGGGCUUGAUCUCCUCUUGUGUAACUUUGUGACUAAUGAAGGUCACCUGCUUGACUUUGAAGACACAUUUUCCCUUGUUUAGUGUCAAGUUAAUCUUCUUACAUCAAUCCAGGACUGAGUUUACACGACAAUCAUGUUUCAUUUCCGUGUCAGCGUGCACAAUUAUGUCAUCAAUGUCAGUUUCAACACCUUCCAGGUCACCAAAGUGUUGACUCAUUUCCUUCUGAAAAAACGUUUUGAGCAGAUUUAAUGCCAAAUGGGGUAACUUGAUAGCAAAACCUUCCUAAUGGCAUACUUUAGGUGGUAAGAAGUUGACUCUCUUCAUCUAGUGGUAUCUGCCAAUAGCCUCGAUUGGUAUCUAUCUUGGUAAAGCAUUUUGCAUUUGCCAUGCGGGUCGUGAUGUCUUCAUUGGUGGGUAGCUAAAAGUGUUCCUCUUUAUGGCCUUGUUCAGGUGUCUUGGAUCCAAACAAAUGCGCAAACUACCAUCAGGCUUUUCAACAAUGGCCAUUGUAUUAACUUAGUCAGUGUAUCACUCCUCGCUUCUCCAUGUCAUCCAACUCUGCUUUCACUCUCUCGAAGUGCGGCUGGUAUUGUUCUAGGAAGAUUUAUAACUGGUGAAACAGUUGGAUCUAUUUCAAGGUGAUAAGGUUUCUCUAAACACCCAGUGAAGUCCAGUGAAGCCUUGUGCAUAUUUCUGAAAGUCCUCUUCUUUUAGUUCUUGAGAUGUUUUUGUAGUUUGGCUGCUAUGAUCAGUGGUGGUUUCUUCCCCUUCUGUUUUUGCUGUCAUGACAACUUUCAUUAGGCCCACGUUUUGCGAGGAACGAAGUCCCAGCAGCCCUGGCUGAUUUGUUUCCACUGCAUGGACUGUUAGCUCUUGUUCAAAAUCUAACUUGGAUUUCACAGGUAAUUUUAUGAUUCCUAGUACCUUGAGAUAAUCUUCUGAGUAUCUAGCCAGCUUUUGGUUGCACAGAUCUAUUUGGGGGUUGUCCCCUUCAAUCUCCUUGAGUUCCUUUUGUGGCAUUAUGUUCACUUCUGAAUCAGUGUCCACUUUUAGUCGCACGAGAUGUUCCUGUACUGAUAAAGUCAUAUAGCGCUCGUCAUUCGGAAUCUGAACUUCUGUAGUGACUGCUUCUACAAACAGUGGAGGCUCGCAGUUAUUCUCCUCUUCUUUGUCUGCCAUUAGCCCAUGGACUUUACGUUGUGACCAGCACGAGCUCUGGAAAUGAUGCUGUUUCUUGCAGUUGUAAAAUGUCUUGCAAUAUGCUGGGCAUUUUCUUACAUUAUAUCUUGUGCCACAAUUUCUGCUAUUAAAUAUCUUGCUGGAGCUGGGUCUUUCUUCAUUGGCUGAGGGUGUCUUUCUGAAUGGUGGCUUUUUCUUCGCCACUCCAAUUCCACGCAAGGCUGAGUCGUUUGCCAUGUCUCUUAGUUGUAUCUCUGUUGCCUCUGCAGAUCGAACCAUAUCUAUAGCCUUUUCCAGGGUGAGGUCUGAAAUCCUGAGCAAUCUCUCUCUUGUCUUGGUGUCACUGAUGCCAAGUACAAUUCUAUCUUUGAUAAGGGAGUUCUCUAAUGCACUGAAUUCUCGUUUAACUCAGCUUUCUCAACACAGUAACAUAUUGAUCAAUGGUUUCGCCACUUUCCAGGGCCCAUGAAAAGAGGUUUUUUCUCGGUUCACAGUAUUCCUCGAAUUUCUCUAAUACUUUAUCAAUGUUUUUGUCACCACCUUCUGCAUACCAUGUCAGAGUGUUAAAAACAUCGAUAGCAUCGUUGCCAAUAACUGUUAGCAGCGUAGCUACUCUGGUUGCACUUUCCUUCGCGUUUAUGCGAGUUGCAAUUUCGUAAUUUGUGUACUUUUGUUUGAACUUCUUCCAGUUUUCUGAGACGUUUCCGCCUCGCGGAUCGAGUGGUUCCGGGGAAGAGAGGCCUAAAUGGAACGCCAUUUCUUGUAUAGUGGCGAAGUCGUCUUGAUCCGUAUUUUCGGCGUUUCCUUGAGUUGUAUUUUUGUUAUUUAAUUAAGGUGUACCUCCGUCUUCUGCUGGUACAUUUUCGUUUUCUUCCUCUAUCUGGCCGAGGUUUCCUGCGCCUGUUACGGUUUCUUGGGACAUGUACUUUUCUAAAUCGCCGAUGUCAAUAGCCGGACUUUGCGUUCUGUCUUCGUUCCAAAACGUCACUCUACUGUCGCAGAGUUUACUUCUCGUGCUUCACUCCUAACACCAUGCAAUAAUCUUUCCUAACAACUAGGAUGGUUGAGGAUUCAAAACAGUUUUAAUCUCUGGUAAGGAACUACACAACAUGGCCGAAGCUCACACAGUUAUAUCUAUGCACAACCGUUGAUAAUUACAAAUAUAAUGAACAAUACAAUACAUUUUAUCAAUUCUCCCAAUUGGGGUUUUCGGAAUUAUUUUACAGGACUCAUUAGGCUAAGUAAUGUACGAAAUAACUAAAAAUUACAUGACUUUGUAUAAAAGACAAAAUUAAGUCAAUUGAAUUUGAAUGCUAGAACUACAAUUAUGGGGAGCAAGGGUGGCGCAGUGGUGAGAGCACUCUUCUCCCACUAAUGUGGCCCGGGUUCAAAUCUCGGCGUCGACGCCAUAUGUGGGUUGAUUUUGUUCUUGGUUCUCUCCUUUGCUCCGAGAGGUUUUUCUCCGGGUACUCCGGUUUGCCUCUCUCCUCCAAAACCAACAUUUCCUAAGUCCAAAUCGACCAGGAUUCAGGUAGACGAAGAACCACUUAGUGGCUGUGUUACCUCUAACUCGUUAUUCAUUUAUUUAUGGGAAUUAAAAAGCAUUAAACCAUUAAUUAAAAAAGAUCAACAAACUACGGGUAAAUGUUCUAUUUCCGCGUUCUGAUUAUCUCAAGUCUGGCACUCCUUUUGAAAACCUCAACAGAGGUAGAGUUAAUAAAGACUGUGCCAGUAUUUAGAAGCCUUGAAGCGGAAGGCACGCUGUGCGGCGGAGGUUCGACACUGAGGGAAGUUAAGUUGAUUGCCCUGUCUAGUGCAAUACGAGUGAGUUUCUCAGCGUUUUACAAGCAUUGUACCUAAGUAACUGGGCACAAGAUCAUUGAGAAAUUUAAAGAUCAUGGUUACAUCACGUAAGCGUAGUAGCUCUGCGAUCGUGAGCAAACCAACUUCAUGUAAGACUUGUGUAAUGUGAUCAAACGUUUUUGUGUUAGUACGUAUACGGCCGGCAAAGGUUUGAAUAAGGUGUAGUUUAUGGAUGUGAUUUCUUUAGAAGUUUCAGAUCAUACAGUGGAGGGGAGCAAUAUAACAGUUCCUAAAUACUAGGAAAUUUAGGAUUAUGUGCAGUACAUCUUUAGAGAUCAAGAGUCGCACCCUAUUUAUUUGAACUAAUGUUGAGAGAGGAGGUUAAUGAAGCGAUAUGCUAAUUGAAGGUCAGGUUCGAGCCAAGGUCCUUGGCGAAAGUUACAGGUACUAGAUCUUGACCAAGGAAAGGUACGGCGAUGUUACAGGGCAACUUGGAGAUACGUUUCCUCACCCCAAACAGGACAAACUCGGUUUUGUCAGGAUUAAUCAAAAAGUGUUUUGCGUUACACCACUCUGCAACGCUUGGCGUAGACAUGAAUCAAUGUGUUUUGACGUAAAAGAGAAAUAUAUCUUAGUGCCAUCAACGUAUGAUUCGAUGGUACUAAACUUGAUGACGUCGGGUAGAUCGUUUAUGUACAGGUUGAAAAGCGUUGGGCCGAGAAUUGACUCACUAUUACACAUAACGUACCUAAGGGCUGGUUCUGACAAUAACGUUGCAACCGAGUGAGCUGUUGUCUGAACCUAAGAACCCAAUAGUGCUGUGCAUAGUAUUUGAAAAUUGAAUAAUCUGCCUGGAGAAAUCAGUUUUUCUAAUUGAAAGGGGACUUGUCUUUUUCUCAAAAAUUUAUCAAAAUUCAAACAGAAGAAACUGCCGCCAAAUUGAGUGAAACUUGAAUUUAACCACUCAAAACGUUAAAAGAAGGUAUAAAUAACACAGCUAAUACUAACGAAAGCACGAAUGAACAAAUUUGGGGAAGAUUGAGGACGGAUUGCAAUUGAGCUUUUUGAAAACUUGUUGGCCUAACAGUCUUUCAAAGUUCAUUUUUGUUGUUUGUAACGUUUGAUAUAAAGCUUAUAGGGAGACACAUUCCUCUGACACAAAGUUAAGAUUUUGUCAUUCACCAGUAAUUUCUCAAAUUUCAUAGCGAAUAAGGACGUGUAACUGGCAUUAUAAACAAAAUGAAUUAGCCAGCCUUGACACAACUCCUUUAUAGUGAUGUUACACGAGACAAUUCGCAACGGCGAGUUUUAGCGCAACACAUCGUUGCAACAUUGUUGCGACAUUGUUUCGAAUGGUUACAUCAUUGUUCCAACAUUUGCAACGCUAUGUUGGGCUAAAAAUCGUCGUUGCCGAUCGUUCCGUGUAAGUAACAUCACCUUUAAGGUCUAUAGACAUCAAGAAACCCUGGAUUGAACUGGAUCGGAUCAACCCUUAAUUAACCAUUCGAAUAGGAGUACAGAGGUUGAACUGAUUUGGUCCAAUCCAGGUUUUAUCAGUGGCCCUUUUACAUUACUAAUAGCUUUGUACGCUGAAUUUAUAUUCCAGAUUUCCUAAUGUUAUUAUCCUUACAACUUCAAAUGUGACUGGAGCAAUUGAUUUGGCGUUUGUAGACAGGUGCAAUACUUUGUUGUUAGUUGUUGAUGGGGAAACACUGUCUUGAUAGCCUGCGGGAAUGAAAAGCCCCCCAAAGCCUACGUUUUUAUUGAAACCCUGGUCAUUGAAAGUGCUUCUAGUCCAAUGUUUGCCCAUGCGUAACAAUGCCUUCGAAAACGGAAGGAAAGUACAUGAACAUGUAGUGAUGCCCCCAGGAGCUCUACGCAAGGGUGAUUAUAAGGGUAAAUUGGAACAGCUGACUGUUUUGUACUUUAUCGUGUAGGUCUUGAUAGGUAUCGUUUGAAUUUACGUCUUCAAUUUCUUUUUUAUGCCCCCUUAUUGUGUGUGUGUUUUCUGCAACUUUCUUUUUGCUAAGAAGGAAUUUCAAGUUGCUAAGGGUGAAAACUACAGAGAGUAUUCAGAAAAAACGGGGUUGAUGAUGCUAUAGUUGUGAGACCUUGUGAGAGUACUCGCCUGGGAGCCUUGGUUCGAUUCAGUUCGGUCUUCAUUUUGGGAAUGUAGUUCUGUUUUUCCCUAACAUUCAAGUUUGCCCAUGUAUUGUAGAUGUAUAUGUUAAAAGUCAAAUUUGAUUUCAGGUUAAUUUUGAUUUAACGUAGGUUGAUUCUCAAUUCCUUUGUCUCCUAGCCCUAAGAGACAAAGGAAAUUGAGAAUCAACUUAGGGUAAAUCAAAAUUAACGUGAAAUCAAAUUUGACCUGUAACAUUUUGUACAAACUGACACAAACGCACUGAAAAGCCAUGUUGUUAAUUUUCAUCUUCAGGAAUCGACACUUCUUAAUUCCAGUUAAGACGUACGAACAGUUGUUUUGUAUUAAACGGCCUUUAGUUCUCCUGGUUGCUUAGUGGAUAGACAAAUUACAGUUAAAUUGCAAAGACCUAAAAUCGCGUUUUUCUCCAAUCAACAGGGCAGACAUCAAACAGUACAUUGGACCUCCUUCUGUCAAUGCGAUAUUCUCCAUUUAUCAUUCGUGUAUAACUGAAUUGAUGAGGGUAACGAUUUAUGAUGUUUACUUACGAGAAAAAAAAAUAUAGAAGUAUAAUAUUUAUAUUCAUAUUGUGUAGCCUGAGAAAACAGCCGAUAUUUUGCGACGACGCCACUGGUUUCCCUCCGACGGAAAUGACGUCUGUGGAACAGUGCAGAAAUUCCAUACUGAUCAUGACGUAUUACUGUCCAGAUCUGGGUAGUGUCUCUGAUUGGUCGAAGCAAAGUUCCCGCGUGGCACAACCAGUCAGGACCGCUACUCAUAUCUGGGUAGUAAUACGUCAUCAGUGUGGAAUUUCUGCACUAUUUCUUCAGACUUCAUUUUGCGGGGAAACCAGUUUUGGCGUCGUGAUAUGUCGGUUGUUUUCUCAGGCUAAAUAUUGCGCUGCGUCAAAAAUUUCAUGUUAAUUUUCUUUCUGUUUGUUUUUAGGUGGGAAUUAUUUCUCCAGUGCAACAGAUCCUCAGUAUACGGUACGUACGAUUGACGGUAACUAUUUUUUCCAACGUGUCGUCAUCACUACUUUCUCUUUACUUUGUUUCUCUCAGGGUUAAUGAUAGUUGUGUUGAAGACCAUGGAAAAUUUAAACUUACAUCUUUGUGUCAAAACGUUUGGCAAAACGAUUACCAAUUAACAGUGUUCUUUCUCACCUUCACAUUUAACCAGGGACUUGGAAGUUUUACGGUAAGCGAGUACAUGUAUCAAAUAUAUUGUCUUAUUUUUUUGUCGUUUUGAAUUUAACGCAUAUUAUCCAUCGUUUUUGUGCGGUCGCUAUUGCAUCCUGGAAGUAUCACUGUGAAGCGAUGCUGUCAUAAUUACACUGACUUAAAUAGAAAUUCGACUAAAAAGGUUUUAGAUUGGCUUCAUUACUGCGGCAAGAAGAGUAUGAGUGUAAAGUUAGACUAUUUUAAAAUUUCCUAAUUAGAUUUAAGUAUCAUUUUGCUUUCUUUCUUGCAGUUUUGUUAAUAACGAUGCCACAAAUCUUAGUCUGGAACUUUUAGAAAUAGCAAGGUACGUUGCUUUAUUUAUUCUCCUCAGUUUCAGUGCAAAAACAGCAAAUUAGACGGAUCCCAAAAUCAGAGACCAAAAUUCGGUGGCUAAAACAUAGGUGAAAAUCAGUUGGGUAACCAUAUGCUCUUUCUUGUUUCUUUAGUUCUAAAUAUUUGUCUUUUUUGAAAGACCCAUUUAUACGAUAAACAACAAUUCAGACAAUAGAUUUUGGGCCCCUCCCACCUUCUUAUGGCUGUUUUUGCUAGAUUAUUAACCGCAACGCAAUGGUUUGUUGCCUUCUUUUGUAAAGGAAAAGCCACGGGUUGAGUGGUAGAACACUCAGAAAGAUCCCGUUUUUGACCCACGCACGACACAUCCAGGUUAGUUUUAAACAUGUGCUAAAUGUUAAAGUCCAUUUCCGAGUUGUCCCGAGCCAUUCUUUCAGAGCAAGGCUAAGUGUGAAGCCUUUGUUCAACCUGAAAACGAUUUUUUAUUCUUAUGCGAGUAAAACUCAUUUUCACAAAAAUGGUUUUGUACCUAUAGCCUCGUUUUGAAAGAGAGAGUUUAUGGAACUCGGAAAUGGCCUAUUUAGGAGAGGUUGACCUCGCGGCAAUGUCGGCCAGCGGUUACGGAAAUACGGUACACGUGUGCUUUGGGCAGCCCAGUAAUUAGCUGGGUUACAAGAUUUUGCAGGGCCCAUGUUUCUGAGCAAUUCUGCGUGUUCGCCAUUACUAAUCCUUAUCUCGGCUGCGUUCUUCCCCGUCGCUCUCUACUCUCUCUCUCUAUCAGGUAUAAAUAUGUAUUGUUGACGUUGUGACUGGUUGCCGCUCACUGGACGAAACGUCUGGGAAACAGAGCUAAAAUCCUUGUUCUGGGCCCCUACCUGUGUACCAAGAUUUGAGUACGCGCCAUGAUUUGCCUGUUUAAAAUGCCAUUUCAUGUCGAUUUGCCAAUCAAGGUGAAAGGAAAUUCGAAGUGCUCUUCCAGUAAUUCUUUCAGUCCUUUGGGACGCCAGAACAAGGAUAUCGGUGCUGCUUUGCAGACGUUACUAACCGAGGUUAAAUUACGUCUGUGACGCAUGCUAUUAGUGUGGUGGUGCAAGCGUGGUCAGCCUUGCUUGCAUCAGCUUCACGUACAAGGUUUUCGUUGCGGCCACUCGCUUCGUUUAGCCUUUAGAUUGUGUUUUCCCUCCUUCCAUUCCUCCCUUUUUAUUUUCCACUGAUAUAUCAGUAUGAUAGGUGCCUUGUUCCAGUGGCUUUGGGGCUUAUUGCUGGAAGGCGCAGGUUUACCAGCCAUGGGCGCCUAACUUUCACCCGCUCGUUAACGAUAGGCUUCCACUCGUGGGUGACAAAUACCACGAUAAACUUCGGGUAUUCCUGUUUUCAUGAGCGCAUGCAGUAGAAGAAUAAUGUCGUUAACGUUUAUUGACGUCAUAUGAGUACAUAUCAAUUAUGAUUACCGUUACAUCAGUCGUUUUAACAAUUGAAAAUUCUAAGGAAAUCCUAGAUUUGGAAGAAAAUCACAGAAGCACUAUCACACUCCAUACCAGCUAAAUACAUUCUCGACUAUCGUGAUUAGUUUAUACCGCAAGAAUAUGGGUAUCUCAUUUCCCUAACUGACACUAUAACCGAAGACUAAAAUUCAGACUUCCAUUCAACUUUAAUAGUCAGUUUUAACUAACAGUGGCAGAUGAGAUGUCUCCUUCGCAUUCGGUCACUACCAAAGGCAUUCUAAGUACAAGUGCAAUGACUGGGUGGACAGUUACCCAUAGCACAGUUGGAGGCGCACCACCUAUCCAUGUUAGCCUGCCCUGCCCAUGCCCCUGUAGCCUUGCACUUUCCUGUUUGCGGUCCUUGUGUAGAGGGCUUCUGCGUCCAUGGAACUUUAGUGGUGGGGGCUCGCGUGGAAGGACUCAUUGGCGAAUCUGUGCCCGGACCCGCAGUUGUUGGUGCUGGAGCUCCUUUUGGUAAAAUCCUGAUAUCAGCGCAGUUUACAAAGGUUUCCUGUUGUUUAUUCAAUCCUACUCCACAGUCGCCUUGGCCAUUACAUCCCCAGUUGUUUCCUACUCUCCACCACCACUGUAACACGCAGUAAUCACAUGUCAAGCCUUUGGGCAGCACGAGUUUGAUGUGGAACUUUCCAUUUGAGGAUGUAUGAAGCUGCCAGCGAUUCGAACCAUCGGGCUGCAGCAAAACGUGUGUCAGCUGAUCCUGAGUGAUUGGACGCUUGACCAGCCUGCCAAGGCUGAAGCGAAAAGAUCCCUGAUGAUUGGACGUGAUCUUAAUCUUGACCUCGAUUGUCUCUCCUUCUCUAUAUGUCUUGGUAAUAAAAGGUGGAUCAUCAGCGUAUUUACCAGGGUAGACGUACUUGGCAUUUUUAAUGUGGUACGGAUCACCACAAACUCCACACUUGCCUUUGUUCUUUUGCCACUGCACGCUGAAACCUCCGCAGUUUAACUCAUUAUCUGUGAACUGCUUUGGGCGUUGGGGAAACUUUCUCCAGGCAGAAUUCCUGCUAGGCGGAUCUUCCAUAUAGCCGUGCCCAAAAACCGUCGCGAUCACGUUAGCAACUACCAAAAGUCGGAUGAUAUCUCUUGAUCCCAUUUUCUCUCUUUCGGCGUGCCAAAUGAGACCCUAAUGUGAGGUACUUCAGGUGAGAUUUAGAGCUACUCCAAGUGUAUUUCUCCAAAGUGCCGUAACCACUUAAAAGCUUUGAUAUUGUGUGAAUAGCUGUGUUAUUUCAUGAGAAAGCUAUCGGAACUGUUAACUUUGUUGCAGUGUGCGAGAUUUGAAAGAAUAUUAAAGGUGAAUAAACAUACAGUUUUUGAAACUACGGUUCAAAACGGCGAAGGUUCGAUAAAGACGAAAAGUAGAACGAUAUCUUUGACUUUUUUGUCUCUUUUGGCUGAUUAAGAAUGCUUCGGGGGAAAGUUCGGAUUUAGCUUAGUCCGUAAUUGUGUUAUUUCAGAGUUGAUGCACUUACUUGAAAGGUCUAUGAUACCAUAUAUGAAUAGCUGUACUGUUUGAGUGACAUUUUCGUGGAAUUGAGCCUCGCUAAAAAUGUGCGAGGCUCAAGGUGGGCUUUAAGUGAACAAAUAAACCCUUUGAAAGGUUUAUGCAGCAAGGGUGUAUCGUAAAUAGGGCAUGGUUUGUUGGCGCAGAGGGUUCUUUCAGUUGUCAAAAUUGCUUAUUCAGCUCAGAGCGUUUCAAGUUCCCAAACUAGAACCAAUCCUAUUUUUGUUGCCUAGGGUUAGCGUGACGGACAAAUAUUUGGAAUUAUUAUAGGGAGUACCUUAAAAUUUUUAUUAUCAGCUCACGGAGACUUAAAUUUGGGAACUGUCCUCAGUUACAAGGUAAACCAUACUGCAGUUGGUUUGUUUGAGUAAAGAAUGACGAAAAGAAAUCUCCAGGACCAGGAUUGCAUUUUCUGUAAAGUCUUUUUCUUUGCUUGUGUUCUAGUCAAAUCUCCAUUACUGAUAUUUAUUCGAUGAAAAACUAUUGAUACAAAUUUGCCUCAAAUUAAUGAUAAGCCCUUGUCAUUUCGAAACGCAAAUUGCCAUCUUAUAAACUCCCUCCCAACCCCGCACCCCGACAAAAAGGGGUUUUGUGAAAUACAAGCUCCGGGGCUUACUUUUAGAAUUUGAGAGGCUAUUCGAGCAACUCGCUCGCUAAGCUAGAAGGUACCGAGACAGAUGUCAAAUUAACUUUCAAAAUACUUAACAACAAAUUUUACGGAACCUAUUUUUUUUUUCUUUUGCCUUUGGUUUUAUUUUUAUUUCACGAAGGCCGGGCUGUUUUCUAAUCACAAUAACAUGUUAGGAAUGCGUAAAUGCCCUAUUGCUUACUUUUCGUUAACGUCCCGGGUGGGAUGUAAGACCCUCUAUGUUAGCGUUGAGGUCAGUUUGAGCGCUAAUGAUCUUCCAAUUGCUUCUCCUUGAAUACUGUAUCGUCACUCUCAAACUGUACGAUGGGUUGAUCGAUCGUUUUUUUGUGAUUCUGAUUAGCCUUUCUGCAGCUCUCCUUUUCCCUUUCCUAUGCAAGCCUUCUUAAAGCCGGUUUUUUAAACGUCUUUAUUUUCAAACUCGCCCUUACAGUAACUAGUAAAAACACCAGGCAGUACCAAAGAAAACUGUUUUUAUUCUAGUACUUGAUGGUUGUAACGGUUGUCGGCCCUCUAGUUGCUCAGCUAAUAGGACUUUUUCUGUUCUCUAAUGGAAGACCAUAACGAAAAUGAAUCAUACAUUUGAUGUUUCUCUCCAUUUUUAACUUGGUUUAUUUUUUUCUCUAGACUUCUUCAAUUACAUUGCAAGGCUUUCUUAAUGCGCUCUCCUGGACGGUGGACAAACAGUUUGAAGAUCGAGAAAAUCUCAAGAACGAUGACUAAAUCACAGUCGCUAAGCGAUGCCAUGCAAGUACUUGAUAAAACUAUGUUUACACAGCAGAGCUCAACAGCAGAACUAACUCUUAAACUGGAUGCCCUAUAAUUUUCAAUCGGGCUAAUUUCAUCAGUCUUAGAGAGACAGUCAGCUCCCGUUAUUGCAGACGCCCUUUGAACCACG